CAGGCAACUACAAAUAGGCUGUUACUACUAUGAGUACAGGCAGGUACAGGUAGGCGGUAGCCUUAGUAAGCCCCGAAUCAAUUAAACCACCAGAGCGAAAAGUGACAUGUGCAAAGUACUCGCCAAAAAAUAAAACCCCUCCAGCUUCAGACCGAGCAAGUCGCAGAGGGUAGGCGCCGGCAAAGCUUGGUAUAGACCGCCAAUGAAGGGCAGGUCCCUAUGCCCAGCAUCACCCAGACCACAUGUCUACCUAUAUCAAGGCCCCCCAUAUUAGAGCCGUCCGUAGGGUGAUCUCAGCUCGACCGAGGACAGCCGUCGUCUCGCAUCGCCGCCUGCAUUUGGCAGUCAAGGAUAACAUCGCCGUUGCUGGCUUCCCUACAACAUGCGCGUCCAACAUCCUCGCGGGGAACAACACCCCCUUCGAGGCCACAAUCGUCAGCCAACUCAGGCAGCGGGGCGCCUCCAUAAGCGGAAAGAGUGGCAUGGACGAGUUCGGCAUGGGCACUCAUUCCACCACCUCGGCAUUCGGGCCUGUACACAAUGUGCUCGGUCUAGAGAAAUACUCGGCCGGAGGUAGCUCAGGAGGUAGUGCCGUUGCCGUGAGGAAGGGGGAAGCCGAAUUGGCCCUGGCCACCGACACGGGAGGCUCGGUUCGCAUGCCGGCCGCCUAUACCUGCACCGUCGGGUUCAAACCCUCGUACGGGAUGCUGUCCCGCUGGGGUGUUGUCGCCUACGCGAACUCGCUGGAUACGGUUGGGCUCCUCGCCAGGACCGUAGCGCCGAUCGGAAAGGCCAUCCUGGGACAGGGCCUCUAUCUGGAACAUGACCCCAAGGACCCAACCUCCCUCCCACUCGAAGUGCGCGAGAGAUGUACCGCCGAGAGGAGAGGCUUCGCCUCCUGGAACCCGGCUCAAGAAGGGGCGGUUCGGGGGCUGACUUUCGGCGUACCGUUAGAGUACAACAUAGACGAGCUCAGCCCACGUAUACGACAGGGCUGGCUGACAGCAGCUGAGAAAAUUGAGGAACUAGGGGGCCGCGUCGUCCCCGUCUCGCUUCCCUCUACUAAGAACGCCCUAUCUGCUUAUUAUGUGAUAGCGCCUGCCGAGGCAGCAUCUAACCUUGCCAAAUACGAUGGUAUCCGCUACGGACAGCGAAAUACUGACAGUGGGAGUGAUGUCUUCGACGGGAUACUGUAUGCAAAGACGAGAGAUACCGGGUUCGGCAGCGAAGUGAAGCGUCGCAUUCUACUUGGCUCAUACACCCUCAGCUCGGAAGCUAUGGACAACUACUUCAUACAGGCUCAGAAAGUCCGCCGACUGGUCAAGAGAGAUUUCGAUCGCGUCUUUAAGCUACCAGAUCCCCUCCAAGACCAGCAGCAGUUCGAUCUGAGCGAGAUGGAAGGUAGCGUACAACUAGAAGACAAGUUGGGGCCCUCGCAAGUCGACUUCCUUCUCUGCCCUACGGCACCGACAACUCCGCCCCUGCUCGACGAUGUCAUGAAGCAGACGCCUCUGGAUUCGUAUAUGAACGAUGUCUUCACGGUUCCGGCCAACCUGGCGGGACUGCCCGCGAUCAGCAUCCCCAUGGACAUCCCGGUCGAUCCAGCUAAUGAAGAAGAAAGAUUGCUCGAUUUCGGGGGCCUGCAAAUCAUCGGGCAGUACUGGGACGAUGCACGGCUGCUCUCCGUAGCUGAUGUGCUACUGCCCUCCAUUCGGCAACGCAAAUUUGCAGCCACCUAGAGUAUUUCAGAAGGUACGGGGCUGGAGGCUGGGUGAGGCGGUUCUGUCUCUGGGGGUUAGCUGAUUGACUUAGUUCAAAAAAUGGAGGUUUAGCUGGACAGAUGGCGUACGUAUAAUACCCGAUAGGGAUUGUAAAUA